AUGAUUCCAAAACAAAUCGGACAUGUUAUUAAAUUUCCUAAAACAUGGGCUGGACUUUUCCAGAAAGCUUGUUGGGAAAUUCCUGAAGUUGUGGGUGCUACAGGUUUUGCACUAAUAGGAAUCGGUCUAGCAAGUAUUGGAAUGUAUAAUUACAGUAAAAAUGAUGGUGAUCGAAGGACUUACAAGAAUAUCUAUGUCAUUGUUCGGCCAGAUGACCCACGAGCAAAAUUAAUAAAGGAUCCUGUUGAAACCGCGUUUAACACGCCGACUGACCGUUGGCCUCAGGUCAAAGGGAGUGCAAAGACAGAAUAACAAUAAAAUUUGACGCAUAUCUGCAGAAAUCUUUUCUGCCUUGAUUGAUUGAUUUUGUCCAUGUGGCAAGACUAGAAACAUCAAGCAACAAAGAACGUAUACUUAUUUAAUUGGUAUACUAUUCAUUAAUUAAUAAAGUUCAAGC